AUGGCGACAACUAGGGCUUGCGGCGGCGGCCACGCCCUCGGCGGGUGCGGCGGCGCGGCUGGAAGGCAAGGAGCCGCUCGAUCGCGACCGUGCCUGGGGGCGUCAGGCAGCGGCGCCGGGAUGGGAGACCAUGCGGAGCUGCUGCUUCUCGGUUACUCGCCAUGGGGCAAGCGCAUCACACAUCUCAUGACACGGAUUGCCGAGGUCGCCACCGCGCUGCACGACAUGGGCAGCACAGUCGCCUUCACAGCUGCCACCGUCGGGAUCAAGGGCUUCUGCAUCGUGCUCUUCGUCUAUGGCAUGGAGCACGCCUACCAUGGUCUCCACACCAAGUGA